AAUCAGAAUGUUUCUUUCAAUUUUCUUCUAAUAGAAAAAGAAAAUUCCAAAUUCUUGUUCCUAUUUGCAUACACCCAACGUGGAAGGAAAAAUAUCAAUCACUGUACUGGUGGUCUUAAAAAGUAAACCAAAAUGGAGCUUUUGGUGGUAGCCACAAGUAUGCUUCGAUUGUUCUUAGUAUCCGUUGUUUACCUUCUAAAUAUCAGAGGACUUCUUCGACUAACUUGGCAACCGAGAGCUUGCAUCCAUGCGCUAACCACCGGUGCAGUUCUUCUUGCUGGGGUGCUAUACCUAAGCAGCUGGGCCCCUUACAUCGCAUACACCUUAGCAAAUGGCCACUGGCUGCUACUUGGGGCUAGAAGACAUUGCCUUUUGCAACAUUUCGUGGCAGCCGAAAUCGGUGCCGUUCUUUUGGCCCUUCUCGCUGUCCGCCUAAUGUACCGCCUACUAGUUAGAGUGUAUAAGAGGCCACCACCAUCAGCAAGAGCUGCAAGUUUGGUCACUUGUAUGGCUUGGUUGGGGCCUCAGCUGCUAUAUGAUGCUGUCGCGGUGACAAGAGAUGAUACAACAAGAUCUCCUGAUUCAUACAGAUUCCUCGACGAUUUGUUGGUGGUUCCUCAGGGAAGCAAUGCAUCUCACGGCUAUAGAGUUGGAUUCAUGAUCUGCAUGCAACUGCUGAGUGGCCCGGUGCUCAGUUACUAUGUGUGGCAGUACUUGGUUUUGGUUCUUCCACUGGCAGGAGUAAUCAUCUAUUGUUCGGCGAGACUGAUGUUGGCAUCUCACAUUCGCAGGCGAGAAGAACCAGCAGAUUCGUCAAUUGAAUCCAAAAGUGGUCGUUUCGCAUUUCUAUCUUGGUCAAAGAGAGCAGUAUGCCAAUAUGGAUGCAAGACCAACACCUUCGUCGACAUGGCUCUGUACUACAAUUUUAUCUGGCUAGUGGUUCUGCGCCCCCUUGCCAUACUCCAUGCUCUGUACAUGCAGACCGGAGAAUGGGGCAACGCUUUCUACAUGGAUUUCGGCAGUCACCUCGUCCUGGCCUUUUCGGCGGUCUUCAGCCCUUUCUCCGUCGGAAAUCCGACUGCCGCCCCGCCAGAGCCCAGCAGGCUCACAGAGACCAUCAACCCCAUCAUCAUGCAAAAGAAGCAGAAGGAUUCAACAGGUGGUGGCAUCCUGACCUCGGUUCCCGACGUCUGUCCACAAACGGGUAGCAUACGCUUGGGAUCCGCUUACGUAACCCCUCCAGUGAAGAGAGUCGAGAGCUAUGAGAAUAUCAGCGAUCUCAAAGAUAUUGCAAAGGACUGCUCUGUGGCUUUGGAAAACAAUGAAAAACCUGGAGAAGAAAGUGUAUGUUGAGAAACUGGCAUUCGACCCAUCUCAAACAGAUGGUGUAUUUCGUGUACACCAUCUUUACUUCGAAUGAGAUCAGCCCGAAAGAUCUGACGAAACCAGAUACACGAACGAUAACAUUUGAUGGGAAACAAAUAAAAAAGCUUAUAUAAAUUUUAGUUUUGAAUGAUAUUAACAAUAAAAAGCCCGGUUAAGGUUAUAGACGAAGGGGGACAACCACUGACUCUACUAAGAAAUGACAGGUUGGAAAGCUGCGCGGAAAGAAACAAUUAGCUAAUUAUUCACUCAUUUCCUUAGCAUUUCAGAGAGAAUUGUUGUGAUGGAUAAUUUAUCUUAUUUAUAUAUUUAAAAAAAAUUCUUCAUGGAUUUCACAUGUACCAUUCUCAAAACUUUGCUUAGGGAACAUGAAAAAGCAGUUUGUGGAUUAAUUCCAGAAAGUGUCCUUGCUCCUUCGGAAUGGAGAACAAAUGUUAGUAGAUUGAACGGAAGCUUUGUUUCAGGUCAACUGCUGGCGUCAAUUGAUCAUACUGAUGUGAUGAAUAUAUAAUGUAUAGUUUUGUGUCAGCUUUAUAUUAUGCACAGUUUAUGUUUUUACAAUAAAAUCUAUAUAUAAUUA